UUUUUUUUUUGCGGGAGAAAAUUAAGGGAAUUCGAAGUACCCUGAAAUGGUUGCAUAGCGGUAGCUUUUAAUACACAAAUAAUUACUCAUCAACCAAUACCUACCAACUUUAUUUGCUUGCCUCAGCACUCAUUGCGAUCACUGCCACCUCUUACUCCUUUCACCCUCUUCUCUAUUAAGUGAAUGCGGCUUGCCUUGUUAUGCCCUGCAUUUGCCUCCUUCAUCUCUUCUCCAUCCCUGCCGAUGACCGGAAGCUCAGCAAGAUGUCUGCCUCUCCUCCUUGCUGUUCUCCAUUUUAUCUCAUCCCUCGGCAAUGCCGAUGCGCACAAUCACUCCACCAAGACUUAUAUCGUUCAAAUGGCUAAAUCAGAGAUGCCUACUUCCUUUUCUCACCACCUCAACUGGUACGCAUCCCUCGUCCAAUCAUCAGCGAACUCUGGAGAAAAUGAAGCAACAAAGAGGAUCAUUUACAGUUACGAACACGCCUUUCAUGGCUUCGCCGUCCUGCUCAGCGAAGCUGAGGCAGAGCAUCUCGAGGCUUACGCAGGCGUCGUCAACAUUCUCCCUGAAACUGCUUACAAUUUGCAUACUACCCGAAGCCCAGAGUUUCUCGGCAUCGAGUCCGAAACUACAAACAGCGACCUUCCCACAGCGGUCGCCGAGCACGACGUCAUUGUAGGGGUGCUCGAUACCGGAAUCUGGCCGGAGAGCCCGAGCUUCGGCGACAGGGGCAUGUCCCCUGUUCCAAGACGAUGGAAAGGUGUCUGCGAGACCGGUCGUGGUUUCACACUCAGCAAUUGCAACCGAAAGAUAGUCGGCGCACGGAUCUUCUACCGCGGCUACGAAGCUGCCACCGGGGCCAUCGACGAGAAGGCGGAGUACAAAUCUCCAAGGGAUCAAGACGGGCACGGUACCCACACUGCCGCCACCGUCGUUGGAGUUCCUGUGGCCGGCGCCAACCUCCUGGGCUACGCCCGAGGCACAGCACGCGGAAUGGCGCCUCGCGCCCGCAUCGCCGCAUACAAAGUGUGCUGGAGCGGCGGUUGCUUCAGCUCCGACAUUUUGGCGGCCGUCGACCAGGCUGUCGCUGAUGGGGUGGACGUCCUUUCCAUCUCCCUCGGCGGUGGGAUCUCUUCCUACUACCGCGACAGCCUCUCCGUGGCGGCAUUUGGAGCAAUGGAGCAGGGUGUCUUCGUCGCUUGCUCCGCCGGAAACGGCGGCCCGGACCCGAUCAGCCUCACCAACGUCUCGCCGUGGAUAGCCACUGUCGGAGCGAGCACAAUGGACCGCGAUUUCCCGGCUACGGUUCGGCUAGGGAACGGCGUCAAUUUGACAGGCGUCUCGCUCUACAAAGGUCUCCGGAAUCUCUCCCAGCAGCGGCAGUACUCCCUCGUCUACAUGGGCGCCAAUCUCACCAACCCGGAUCCGAGAUCUCUAUGCCUUGAAGGGACCCUCGACCCCCGCUUCGUCUCCGGCAAGAUCGUGAUUUGCGAUAGAGGCGUCAGCCCUCGGGUGGAGAAAGGUCAGGUCGUAAAACAAGCUGGCGGCGUCGGCAUGAUCCUAGCAAACACCGCUGCAAAUGGAGAAGAACUCGUCGCCGACAGCCACCUCCUUCCCGCGGUAGCCGUUGGCGGGACAGCCGGCACGGCGAUUAAGCGUUACAUCAAUAUUAACCCCCAUGCGACCGCGACGCUUACAUUCGAGGGCACUAAAGUCGGGAUCCGACCAUCUCCCGUCGUCGCCGCCUUCUCCUCCAGAGGCCCCAACUUUCUCACCCUUGAAAUCCUAAAACCUGACAUGGUGGCACCGGGAGUGAACAUCCUGGCUGCAUGGAGCGGGGACGCCAGCCCCUCAGGCCUCGCAGUCGACCUCCGCCGCGUCGGCUUCAACAUCCUUUCUGGAACCUCCAUGUCCUGCCCUCACGUCGGAGGAAUCGCAGCCCUGUUAAAGGCCCGCCAUCCAAACUGGAGCCCGGCGGCAAUCAAGUCCGCUCUGAUGACCACCGCCUACGUCCACGAUAACACCUUGCAGCCCCUCAGGGACGCCGCCACUACAGCACAGUCAACUCCCUACGACCACGGCGCAGGCCAUAUCCAUCCGCUGAAAGCUUUAGAUCCGGGGCUUGUCUAUGACAUAUCUCCCAAUGAUUACUUCGAAUUUCUCUGUACUCAGAAGCUGACUCCCAUUCAACUAAAGGUCUUCACCAAGACCUCAAAUCGAUCGUGCAAGCACUCGUUAGCCAGCGCCGGGGAUCUCAAUUACCCGGCCAUCUCCGCCGUUAUUCCGGAUACCAACACUUCGACAUUGCUACAGCUACAUAGAACCGUGACCAACGUUGGGCGUGCGAAUUCGACCUACCAUGUAAAGAUUUCACCGCCCAGAGGAGCAGAGGUGGUGGUGGAGCCAACUGUGCUUCGCUUCAGUCGCCAAAACCAGAAGCUUUCCUACACCGUGAGCUUCAGAACAAAAGCCACGCAGUCAACGCCGGAGUUUGGGGCACUGACUUGGCACGACGGAACACAUUCUGUUCGAAGCCCGGUGGCAAUAACGUGGCUGCCCCCGUCAUAAAUAACUUGAUAUGGCAUCAUUUCCGGAAUCUGAUUUUAUUUGUAUCAAAUGAGAAAUGAUAAAGUUGCAAAUCACAAUUAUGUAUUACAUCAUCUGAUUCCGGAGCUUGUUUUUAUUUGAGUAAUUUAUCAUGAAAUAUCAUUGUUGUCA